GAGCAGCUAAAUGGCACCUGGGCCAGCUCAGUGGACAUGGAGCUCUUCCUCCAUUACUCCCUCAUCCCAUCAUUUUUCAUCAUUUUGGUCUUGACCUUCCUCCAAAGACAAGAGCAUCGUAGACAGAGAGAUGAUACCACUUACCUCCUGGGGAACCACUUUGGAAUCAUCAUGCCUCUGGACUUCGUGGGUACUUUUAGUAACCGAUGGUCCUACGGAAUCGCCUUUGGGGCCACAGCCAACAAGAUCAUGUUCUUGUUCUCAGAAAACUACCAGUCCCUGCGGGUCCCGCAGUGGGCCCAAGCCUUCAUGCUUCUGAUCGGCGGCAUCGAAGUCGGCCUGUCCCACUUCCCCUUCUUUGCCUGCCUCUCGUCGGAGUUCCAGCUGGUCAGCUCUGUCCUCGGCUUCAGCUACUCUCUGAUCUGGUUUGUUGUCACUGUUCUUCAGAUCGCACGGUGUCCCCAUGGGCAGUUUCUGGGGAGAUACGAGAGCCUCGUGUUCUACUGGCCCUCCUUGCUGUGCCUCGUGUUCCUGCUGGGCCGCUUCCUGCACAUGUUUGUCAAGGCUCUGAGGGUCCACUUGGGCUGGGAGCUCCAGGCGGAAGAAAAGCCAAUCUUGGAAGUGCACCAAGCAGAGCAUGUCAAGCGGCUUCUGAGAAAGCCCCACCUGCAAGAGAAAAAGAAGUCUUGGCUCCAAACCAGGAUAUAUGAGUGGGACCCCUGCUUUCAAUUUCCAAGCAGAAUGAUUGGGACCAUUGUGUUGGCUUUCAUCUGCCUGUAUCUUUUCAUUGUCCUUGAGUUCUGCAUGUUCGUGUACGUGAGGGACAAGCUGGACGUGUUUGAAGGCAAGCUGGAGAGUUACAUUGACUCCAAGAACCAGACGGGGACCUUGACCCUGGUCAUCCUGCAGGUGAAAGAGCUAAUCAGCGUCGCCAAAGGAGCCUGGAUGGUGACUAUUUUGCCUGCCUCCCUCACGUGUGUGAGCUAUCUGUUCCACAUUUUGGCCUGUUACAGGAAGCACAUGAAGAGGCUGUGGGCAGGUGAUAAACACUUUCUCCCUUUGAAGUUCCAUCAUCCUUCCUCGUCUAAGAGUGUGGCGGCCAUUGCAAGGUACUCUGGCUGGCAAAUAGCCUAUAUCCUGUGGGGCUACCUCAUCAUCCACGUGAUGCAGAGCCUGUGUGGCAUGGCCAUCAUGUACAGCCUGGUCCUGCCCAUCCUCCACAACCAGGGCUUGAAGAUGCUCCAAGGUCUGGGCAUUAGCAUCCUCACCUUAUCCAUCAUCGUGGGGCUCAUGAUCCUGCAGGUGUGGAUUGCUGCCAGCUUCUUCCUGCAGCCAAAGCUAGGCACAGAUGACAAGCAGAAGCCCUUGGCUCUCAACAACAGGAAAGCGUUCCACAACUUCAACUACUUUCUGUUCUUCUACAACGUGCUGCUGGGCCUGGGCGCCUGCCUCUCCAGGCUGCUCAUUAGCUGCAUCCUGGGCACGUGGCUGAUUGCACGCAUCGACAGGACCAUCAUGCAGAGUGGCUAUGAGGGAGCUGACAUGGGGUUCGGCGCGUGGAUCGGCAUGCUCUAUGUGGACCAUUAUCACACCAACCCCGUGCUUGUCAGCUUCUGUCACAUCCUGAUCUCAGUCCACCGUGAGAGGAGGCUGCAGCAGGCCAGCAAAUACUGGUGCCUAAAUCAAUCAGGAGGUCCCCGCGUCUCAGCUAGGUCCAAGACGAGGUGGCUCUUGCUGCAGACCCUGAGCAACAACCCCAGACUCAUCCCGCUCAGAAAAUCGAAAUUGGGGCCUAGCUCCUGGGAGUUUACCCAGAUUCUGCUGACGUGCUCAGAGAGCUGA